AUUCACAAGUUUGCAGUGUGGGUUGAACCUUCAAACCAUCAAGAAAUGACCUUCUUGAAAAUAUUGUGCCUGUCGUUUCUCUUUGUCAGUAUUUACUGUCAAGAUCCACUGUGUCCGGAACAACAACAAGCAGCUCAAACAAUUUAUAAAUCUCACCCAACAGAAUGUGGGAAAUUCGUGAUUUGCUUUUGGGGUCAGACGGUAGUGCAGAAUUGUCCAGCCGGUCUACAUUGGAAUGAUUUUGCAAAGACCUGUGAUUGGCCCAGAAGCGCAGGAUGUAAAUCAGGUACAAACGAAAAUGUGCCAUCAUGUGAAAACGGUGAACUUAUUGCCCACGAAGAUUGUAAUAAAUUCUACAUGUGCGCGCACGGAACGAAAGUGCAACAUGCAUGUCCUCCCGGCUUGUAUUUCAACCCGCAAGCGAAAGUAUGUGAUUACCCUUAUAGAGUCAACUGCCGUACAACAUCAACUACAUUACAAACAACGAGUACUCCAGAAGAAGAGGCACCAACCACUCCAGAAGAAGAACCAUCGACCACUACAGAAGAGCCAAGUACUGAUAACUCUGUUGAUAUAACAUCUACAAUAGAGUGGACAACUUCCGCGCCAUUAGAGACCACCACAGAAGAAGAGACAUCGACAACUACAGAAGAACCAUGGACAACAACAUCGGCUGAUUUGACAUCUACAACAGAAUGGACAACUGCAACACAAGAAGCAACCACUCCAGAAGAAGAGACAUCGACAACUACAGAAGAGCCAUCGACAACAACCUCAGCUGAUGUAACAUCUACAAUAGAGUGGACAACUUCCACACCAGAAGAGACCACUCCAGAAGAAACUACAUCGACGACUACAGAAUGGCCAACUUCGACACACGAAGAGUCAUCGAGCACUACGGAAGAGCCAAGUACUGCUACCUCUGUUGAUAUAACAUCAACAAUAGAGUGGACAACUUUCACACAAGAAGAGACCACCACAGAAGAAGAGACAUCGACAACUACAGAAGAGCCAUGGACAACAUCGGCUGAUAUGACAUCUACAACAGAAUGGACAACUGCAACACAAGAAACGACUACUCCAGAAGAAGAAACAUCGACGACUACAGAAGAGACAUCGACGACUACAAAAAAGACAUGGUCAACAACCUCAGCUGAUGUAACUUCUACAAUAGAGUGGACAACAUCCACCCAAGAAGAUACCACUCCAGAAGAAGAGACAUCGACGACUACAGAAGAGCCAUGGACAACAACCUCAGCUGAUGUGACAUCUACAACAGAAUGGACAACUGCAACACAAGAAACGACUACUCCAGAAGAAGAGACAUCGACGACUACAGAAGAGCCAUGGACAACAACCUCAGCUGAUGUGACAUCUACAACAGAAUGGACAACUGCAACACAAGAAGCGACUACUCCAGAAGAAGAAACAUCGACGACUACAGAAGAGACAUCGACGACUACAGAAGAGACAUCGACGACUACAGAAAAGACAUGGUCAACAACCUCAGCUGAUAUAACUUCUACAAUAGAGUGGACAACAUCCACCCAAGAAGAUACCACUCCAGAAGAAGAGACAUCGACGACUACAGAAGAGCCAUGGACAACAACCUCAGCUGAUGUGACAUCUACAACAGAAUGGACAACUGCAACACAAGAAACGACUACUCCAGAAGAAGAGACAUCAACGACUACAGAAGAGCCAUGGACAACAACCUCAGCUGAUGUGACAUCAACAACAGAAUGGACAACUGCAACACAAGAAACGACUACUCCAGAAGAAGAGACAUCGACGACUACAGAAGAGCCAUGGACAACAACCUCAGCUGAUGUGACAUCUACAAUAAAGUGGACAACUUCCACACAAGAAGAGACCACUCCAGAAGAAGAGACAUCGACGACUACAGAAGAGCCAUGGACAACAACCUCGGCUGAUGUGACAUCUACAAUAGAAUGGACAACUGCAACACAAGAAACGACUACUCCAGAAGAAGAGACAUCGACGACUACAGAAGAGCCAUGGACAACAACCUCAGCUGAUGUGACAUCUACAACAGAAUGGACAACUGCAACACAAGAAACGACUACUCCAGAAGAAGAGACAUCGACGACUACAGAAGAGCCAUGGACAACAACCUCAACUGAUGUGACAUCUACAAUAGAGUGGACAACUUCCACACAAGAAGAGACCACUCCAGAAGAAGAGACAUCGACGACUACAGAAGAGCCAUGGACAACAACCUCGGCUGAUGUGACAUCUACAAUAGAAUGGACAACUGCAACACAAGAAACGACUACUCCAGAAGAAGAGACAUCGACGACUACAGAAGAGCCAUGGACAACAACCUCGGCUGAUGUUACAUCUACAAUAGAGUGGACAACUUCCACACAAGAAGAAGAGAAAUCGACCAUUACAGAAGAGCCAUGGACAACAUCGGCUGAUAUGACAUCUACAACAGAAUGGACAACUGCAACACAAGAAGCGACUACUCCAGAAGAAGAAACAUCGACGACUACAGAAGAGACAUCGACGACUACAGAAAAGACAUGGUCAACAACCUCAGCUGAUAUAACUUCUACAAUAGAGUGGACAACAUCCACCCAAGAAGAUACCACUCCAGAAGAAGAGACAUCGACGACUACAGAAAAGACAUCGACGAUUACAGAAGAGCCAUGGACUACAACCUCAGCUGAUGUAACAUCUACAAUAGAGUGGACAACUUCCACACAAGAAGAAGAGACGUCGACGACUACAGAAAAGACAUCGACGACUACAGAAGAGCCAUGGUCAACAACCUCAGCUGAUAUAACUUCUACAAUAGAAUGGACAACUUCCACACAAGAAGAGACCACUCCAGAAGAGGAGACAUCGACGACUACAGAAGAGCCAUGGACAACAACCUCAGAAGAUGUAACAUCUACAAUAGAGUGGACAACUUCCACACAGGAAGAAGAGAAAUCGACCAUUACAGAUGAGCCAUGGACAACAUCGGCUGAUAUUACAUCUACAACAGAAUGGACAACUGCAACACAAGAAACGACUACUCCAGAAGAAGAGACAUCGACGACUACAGACGAGACAUCGACGACUACAGAAGAGCCAUGGUCAACAACCUCAGCUGAUAUAACUUCUACAAUAGAAUGGACAACAUCCACCCAAGAAGAUACCACUCCAGAAGAACAGACAUCGACGACUACAGAAGAGUCAUGGACAACAACCUCGGCUGAUGUGACAUCUACAAUAGAGUGGACAACUUCCUCACAAGCAGAAGAGACAUCGACGACUACAGAAGAGCCAUGGACAACAACAUCAGCUGAUAUAACUUCUACAAUAGAGUGGACAACAUCCACUCAAGAAGAUACCACUGUAGAAGAAGACACAUCGACGACUACAGAAGAGACAUCGACGACUACAGAAGAGACAUCGACGACUACAGAAGAGCCAUGGACAACAACCUCAGCAGAUGUAACAUCUACAAUAGAGUGGACAACUUCCACACAAGAAGAAGAGAAAUCGUCCAUUACAGAAGAGCCAUGGACAACAUCGGCUGAUAUGACAUCUACAACAGAAUGGACAACUGCAACACAAGAAGCGACUACUCCAGAAGAAGAGACAUCGACGACUACAGAAGAGACAUCGACGACUACAGAAGAGCCAUGGUCAACAACCUCAGCUGAUAUAACUUCUACAAUAGAAUGGACAACUUCCACACAAGAAGAAGAGGCAUCGACCAUUACAGAAGAGCCAUGGACAACAUCGGCUGAUAUGACAUCUACAACAGAAUGGACAACUGCAACACAAGAAGCGACUACUCCAGAAAAAGAGACAUCGACGACUACAGAAGAGCCGUGGUCAACAACAUCAGCUGAUAUAACUUCUACUAUAGAGUGGACAACUUUCACACAAGAAGAGACCACUCCAGAAGAGGAGACAUCGACGACUACAGAAGAGACAUCGACGACUACAGAAGAGCCAUGGACUACAACCUCAGCUGAUGUGACAUCUACAAUAGAAUGGACAACUGCAACACAAGAAGCGACUACUCCAGUAGAAAUAACGUCAUCCACAGAAGAAGCAAGCCCUUCGACGUCUGAAAAUACACCAUCGACAGAAAACUCAACUACAACAGAGCGGCCACCUUCCACACACGAGGAGCCAUCGACCACUACAGAAGACCCAAAUACUGAUACUUCGGUUGAUAUAACAUCUACAAUAGAGUGGACAACUUCCACACAAGAAGAGACUGCUCCAGAAGAAGCGACAUCGACGACUACAGAAGAGCCAUGGACAACAACCUCGGCUGAUGUGACAUCUACAACAGAGUGAACCACUGCAACGCAAGAAUCGACUACUCCAGAGAAACAACGUCAUCCUCAGAAAGAACAAACUCUACUACUGCUGUUGAUACAACAUCUACAGACGAAUCAACUACAAUAAUAUUACCAACUUCCUCAACAUAAUAGACUACUCGAGCAGAGGAGACAUCGACCACUAUUUAAAAGCCAAGUACUACUACCUCUGGUGUUAUAACAUCAAAAUCAGAGUGGACCACUGUAACACAAGAAAAUGAUAUCCAUGUUCAAAGCAUAAGUUCAUGCAAAUACAAGAUCAACAAAUCUUUAGUUGAAAUAUAA